AAACUCAUUGCAAAAAGUCGACUUAGACCUAAAAGUCAAAUAAAAAAUUAUACGAAAAAUUUAAAGUCAUUAUUUACGGAAAUUAAAUCGCCGCCCAUUACUGGAUAUUGUUCACUUGCCAUGCGCUUUGAAUACGCCUCUGGUUCUAUGCACUCAGCUGUUUAGCAGCUGUCAUUUGAAAAAAAGUUCUUUUACUAGUUGGAUGUUUGCUUAGGUGCAAAGCGUACAAAAAGCUUAAAAUUCUUAGUUAACAAAAUUCAGUUUUAUUCCUAUCCAAUGGCGUCGCCAAAGACAUACACCCUAGAUGCAGUGAAACAACAUAAUACUCCAGAUGAUCUCUGGAUAGUCAUCGAUGGAAAAGUGUACGAUGUGACGAAAUUCCGGAACGAGCAUCCCGGAGGUGAAGAAACGCUGGAUGAAGUGGCAGGCCGUGACGCCACACGUGAGUUUGUAGAUGUGGGGCACAGCCAAGAAGCGAGGCAAAUGCUCACAAAAUACUAUAUUGGUGAUGUGGAAGGCGGUAGUAAAUUGUCAGUAAGACAAAUCUGCUGCGCGAUUGGAGCUUUCACUACUGGUCUUCUCGUGGUUAUCAUCAUACGCAAAGUUUUAGCGAGCAAGUGAAUCAAAAACAAAUGAUUUUAUACUGGACCGACAGCACUGCGACACACGAAUAUGUAAUCAAAAGGCAACUAGCGGAAUAGAUUGCUAACUAACAUGCCUCAAAGUACUCAGCAUUUCCAAGAAAAAUAAUCUGUAAUUUGUAAAAGUAAAAGUGUAUUGUAGCUAUAAAUGUAUAUUAAAUUUAAUAUGAAGUGCAGUUAUUAAAAAAUGUACGUAUUAAGUAUAUUCGAAACACAAAAAGUAAUAAAUGUUUGUAUGAAGCUUAAAAUAAAAACUAAAAGUGUUAUAACGCUCAACUGUUUUGUUGUUGCUGUAAGAA